UCAACAUCAACAUCAACAUCAACGUCAACUUGUGCCACUCUGCAAUUCUCCAUUGACACAAUACUGUUGUGUUACAUUGUGUUCCCUUGAUGACGUGUUGUACUUCGUACAUGAAAGCUCGUCAUCAUUGAUCAGAUUCCAGGAAUUUCGGAAUCAUUAAUCUCUUUGCACAUAACAUCAUUAAUUUUCCGCAAACAUAGGCGAGAGAGACUGCAAUUCCCAAGCGCCUCAUCCGCUUCGAAGUCAAGUCAUCCUUUAGACACGAAAUCGAACGACUCGAUCACGCCGAUUUCUCGACCCGCACGACACGACACGACACGAAAUUCCAUUCAUUCCAUAAUCACGGCUACACGGCUACGAUGGAGAUUCAAGAGUGGACCGUUACAGAGGCUUAUGCUCCGACAAAGUGUAGUCUCGGCGAAGGACCCUACUAUUCUGAAGAGCGGCACGAACUUCGAUUUCAAGAUAUCAACAACAAAAAAAUGUACUUGAUCGAUCUCCACAAGGGGCCUGAAUCGAUCAGGGUCAUCGACACUCAGAUGCCCAUUGGAGUGACAGCCAAUAUUGAAGGGGUGGACUCGUCAGAGACGAUCCUGGUCGGCGCCAAAGACGGAGUGACCAAGUUCAAUCUCAAGACGGGAGAACACGAAUACGUAGCGAAAUACUGGCACGGGCCGGAUGCUCAUGAGAAGACGACCAGAAUGAGAUCCAACGACGGCGCGGUUGACACGCAAGGCCGGUUCUGGGUGGAGGCUUUUGACGAUCCGGAAAUCGUCGAACCCACCAAGGCAGGCGUGCUGUUCCGGCUUGACCAUGACCGGACCUUGACGACGGUACACGCCAAUAUGACGAUUCCAAAUGGCAUCACCUGGAACUCCCAAGAUACUACCAUGUUCCUGACUGACUCGCCGGACCAAAAGGUGUAUCAGUUUGACUAUGACACCCAAACAGGCAACGUGUCGGACAAGAAGGUUUUCUUCCACCUCGACGAACCAGGGGUCUUCCCGGACGGACACGCCAUGGACGUUGAGGGCAAUAUAUGGCAUGCCUGCUACGGUGGGUUCAAGGUCAUCCGCAUUUCGCCAGCUGGCCAAAUCACCGGCGUCAUCCGCCUGCCCACUCGUAACAUCACUUGUCCAACCUUUGUAGGCACCGAACUGUACAUCACCAGCGCAAAGGAAGCUGAGCCUGACAAAUACCCAGAGUCAGCCCUGUUUGCCGGCAAUGUCUUCAAGGUUGAUGUUGGAAUCAAGGGCAUGCCGAAAUACCGCGUUCGCUUGGGCUGAACGAUCCUGGGAGUGAGCAAUUUGUGACUUUCUCGCAAAAUCACACUGGUUUGGUUACACGGCCAACUCAAAGGCACGAGAUAGAACGGCGAUCCUCUUCUGAUCACACCAGAUCAAACCCCUUUAUGAGGACCAUAUGUGCUUGGGUGAUGGACUAUCCUGUUCGGUGCGCAGGUGAUCAACAACAGGCACGGGAGACAAGCAAGAGUGGCGAUGCAAAAAAAAUCAGGGAAUUACCUCGUCGAGUCAGCGAUGUUGCGGCCCAAUUCACCAUGAAAAGAGCAGGGUUCAGCCGCGGCCAUGUCUGAACAAGGCUGCAAAACCUGGCCACGCGAUACAACUAGCGAAAUGAGGCGUCUGCAUGUCGUCCUUUUUUUUCAUUGCUGCCCGCGGUGAUACCUGUGGUGAUUGAACAAGCGAGAAACAAUGUGAGAUUGCUAGGGUUUCCCAGCCCGGGAUCUGCCUUGC